AUGCCUCCCAAGAAAGCAGCUAACAAGCGCGUUCUCCCUCCCUGGGAGGAUUUGUGGGCCGCGUGGAGCGCGCUGUCCGAGGAGGAGAAGAAGGCUGCUGGGAGUGAUGCGGGCAUUGAUGCCAAGCUUGAGGGUUUGGAUGUUGCUACGAUGCCAUCACGCCAUGAACCAGAAUCGGAAUCAACGCAGAUGCUGAUCCCCAAAUCCAAGGCCUCGCUCAAGGAUCGCGCCGACCUGAACAUCAAGCUCGAUAUCUACAAGGACCUCGUUAACCUCUUCGCCGAGUCCCAGGAUGCCAAGGAGGACCGGUUCGAGAAGCUUCUCAAGGAGUUGAAGGGGGUCGGGAUGAGGGCUUUUGAUAUUGGAAAGCGGUUCGAGCGGGCGAACGAGGGCAAGGAGGCCGCCAACAAGAAAUACAAGGAUGGCAACUGGUUCGGUGCCAUGUACACCUACGCCAUCGCGUGGGGAUGCCUCGUCCCCUUCUACCCCGGUGCCCUCCCCGAGUCGGACCAGCUCCGCAAGGACAUCGAGAAACUCGAGCUCGCGCUGUUCUCCAACAUCUCCGCCAUGGCCGUCUCGGGCGCCGAUGACAAGACCAUCAAGACCCCCAAGCCCAUCAACAAGGCCAAGCUGUUGCACAUUGGUCUCCGCGCCUCGGUCUACUGCUUGUCUCACGCGAAUGAGACCACCCUCGGUAUUGUUACCAAGUCUUGCCGCCGCGCCCAAGACCUCUCCGCCAAGCUCACCUCGGCGCACAAGAUCAAGCCCGCGCCCGCCGCCAGCCUCGCCCUCUGGAAGGCGCAAGAGGACGCCCUCGCCGGUCUCGCCGCUGCCAAGACGUACGCCGAGCAGCCGGCCGACAAGAAACUGUUGACCAAGUCGCAAAAGGCCGGAGAGGCGGAUUGGAGGGUGUUGCAGGGGUUUGAGGUUUACAGCAAGUAG